UUCACCGGUAGGAGGAGAGCCGUCCAAUCGGAGCGUGCCUUCGUUUGAUGUCAUCGGGCGUCGCCAUGACAGAGCCGGAAGUGGUUUCCUUUUAGAUCAGCGAAGGGAACUGCAGUACGGGCCGUGGGGGAGAGAGCAGCAUGAGAGUGAUACCAGCCGUCUCCGGGGGAGCCCCCAGCAGCACAUGACUGGCAUUUUUGUGUUUUGGCUUUUAGAGAGCCUGGAUGGCGCAGUCUGACCCAAGAUCUCGGUCCCUGGUGGAAGAUUUUGUCCAGUACAAGCUGUGUCAGCGGGGUUUGCUUCCAGAGCCAGUUGGACCUCCAUCCUGUGGUCUACAUUCAGCUAUGCGUGCUGCAGGGGAUGAGUUUGAAGAACGUUUCCGACAGGCAUUCAGUGAAAUAUCCACACAGAUACACGUAACCCCUGGCACAGCUUAUGCACAUUUUGCGGAGGUGGCAGGUGGUCUUUUCCAAGGUGGGGUUAACUGGGGUCGUGUGGUGGCAUUCUUUGUGUUUGGAGCGGCACUUUGUGCAGAAUGUGUCAACAAAGAGAUGGCUCCCCUUCUACCACGGAUCCAAGACUGGAUGGUGACCUUUUUGGAGACCAACUUGAGAGACUGGAUGCAGAGCAACGGGGGAUGGAAUGGGUUCCUGGCCCUGUAUGGCGAUGGUGCUAUAGAAGAAGCAAGAAGACAACGUGAAGGAAACUGGGCUUCUCUGAAAACAGUACUGACUGGGGCAGUGGCUCUUGGGGCUCUUAUGACUGUAGGAGCUCUGUUUGCCAGCAAAUGACACAUAAAGCAACAGACACCAAAUGUCCUCUGCAAGCAGUGUGCUUUAUCCAUGCACAAAAAGAAGUGUGUUUGUAGAUGAGUGCCAUCGUUAAAGAGUAUGUGACGGUUCUUGCCUGUGUGCUCUAUGUUUGUUACUUUGUUUUUAAUAUGAUGUUUUGCAGCAUAAGAGUGUAUUUUAUGUGUCCGAUUGCAUUAAAGUAUACAGGUAUUGUUUGUAUGCUGUUUUUUUGAGUGUGAUCAUGCAUGUCUGCAUUCCAGUGUUUUUCUGUGCACGUGUAUCCAAUAUGUCUUGCUCUGUGUGGAUGUAAUGUCUGUAUGGCUCCAUUAUAUGAUGCUUUGUGUAUGGAAGAGAGAACUGUAUUGCUUUGUUUGCAUUUGUGUCUGUAAGCAGUGCUGGUAUUUAUUGCUUCUCCUUGCUGCUGGUGAUUUAGUCUAAUGAAUUUGUAGUAGGAGGGGAGCUUCUUUCUCUCUCUAACAGAUUAUUUUAUUCUGUUCAUUUGAGGGUAGUAAACAGGCAUGAGUAGAGCUAAUGGUCUCAAAUCAAUAAUUUAACCCUUUUGCUGCCACCCAUGCUGGUAUAUAAACAGACUCCUGACUGCUAAAUCAGCCAGGAGUUUGUUUAUAUUUUUGCCAGGCUUCUGGCUUUCUAAUAUAAUUGACCCUGGCAGCUGUAAAGCCACCCAUCACUUCUACAUCUGUUCACUGACCUCCAUUGUGAAGAAGGGCUCUGCCCACUUUCAGGUUCAGAACUGUAAAUCUCGGGCCAGGGAAGAAGCUUAUGAAGCAAACUCUGUCGACUUCAAACGAGUACAGAUUGGAGGUCUAAUAAACCUCUGAUGUACCCUUAAAGAGAACUUGAAACCUGUACUAUACUAUCAUUUGGGAGGCUUAUCAGCCUCCUUGUGAUAGAAAUUGGGUUUAAAAAAAUAAAUACAUUUAAUUUUAAAAUUACCCAGCUUAUUGGGUGCCAUGCCUACAAAAAUGACAAUUGUGCCACACAUAUUGAGUAUCGCUGUGUGCUCUGGGGUGAGACGGUUGUCUACAGAGUGUUUACGAUCUAUGGUCAAUUUUGGGUACUGUAGUUCUUUUUUUGCUUGCUGUUUCACAGGCACACACAAUUUUAAGGCUAGUUUAAAAAAUUGGGUGUUUUGUCUGCACUAAAAUUAAUUUGAGUGAAUUUUUUAUUGAAAAUAUAGAUUUAAUAAAGUUGCGUAAUUUUAUGACACCAAAAA